UCUGUGGGCCACACACACACACAGGGGGAGGCACCAGCAUAUAAAAAGAUCAGCACAACGGAACUACUGAAAGUAGACAAAUACACUCUUACCAGAGGAGAUCCUUCAAACAUAUUUCUAUCAUUUGUGGAUAUUAGCCUACCAGUGACUUGGUGCGCAGAUGUAUUCCUAUCUAGAAAAUGGAACGGAGGAAUAUGAUGAUUAUUAUGGUGAUGAUGAUGAUAAUGGGCCAUGUGAUUUCAACAGCAACCACAGCAUGGAGAUGAUCAUUCAGACAUAUAUUUAUGUGCUUAUCUGUGUCUUGGGUCUUCUGGGCAACAUCAUGGUAAUUGUAACAUAUGCGUUUUACAAGAAAGCCAAGUCCAUGACCGAUGUCUACCUUCUGAAUGUGGCUAUUGCUGACCUCAUCUUUGUGAUAGCCCUUCCUCUGAUCAUCUACAAUGAGCAUAACAACUGGCACAUGGGCACUGUGGCAUGCAAGCUCCUGAGGGGGGCCUACAGCAUCAACCUCUACAGCAGCAUGCUCCUCCUGGCCUGCAUCAGUGGUGAUCGCUACGUGGCCAUCGUUCAGGCCAGGAGGUCUUUCGGUAUCCGCUCUCGCACUCUGGUGUACAGUCGGGUCAUCUGCCUCAGCAUCUGGCUCCUUGCUGUAAUCCUGUCCAUUCCCACCAUCAUGUUCAACCAGCGCUAUGAGGAACGUAGCCCUGGACAGGAGGAAGUCACUUUUGAAUGUGACUUUAAAUUCACUGACAAUGACACAAGCACAGCGCAGCUGAUGAAAGUGCUGCUUCCCAGCAUGCAGGUGUCUGUGGGGUUCUUUUUCCCCCUGCUGGUCAUGGGAUUCUGCUACUCCUGCAUCCUGGCCAUUCUCCUCCGGGCUCAGAGCUUCCAGAGACACAAGGCUGUGCGUGUGGUGCUGGCUGUGGUCUUCGUGUUUGUUGCCUGCCAUCUGCCCUACAACGUGGUUCUGCUCUACCACACGACCCGCCUGUUCAAGGUGGGCCGUGAGUGUGCGAGAGAAAAAAUGAUAUUGAUGACCAUCUCGGUGACCAGAAGCUUGGCCUACCUCCACUGCUGCCUCAAUCCUAUCCUGUAUGCCUUCAUUGGGGUGAAGUUCAGGAACCAUUUCCAGAAGAUUGUGGUCGACUUAUGGUGCCAUGGAAAGAAGUACCUUUACACAAGCCGUUCUUCAAAACAUACAUCUGAGCUCUAUGUAUCAGCCCCAUACAAGUCACGCGAGGUGUCCAACAAUGAACACCAAUCAUCAUUUACUAUGUGAGACACAACCUCACAGUGUCUGUAUUCUUUGCAAUUGCAUGUUGGCAUGUUGGCGACUGUGUAUCACCCAGAUGUGUGGCUAAAAGAGUUCGCAAAUGUGACAAAGUUGUGUGCAAGCAGCUUCAAUACCGGAAGUUUGUUGUCGUGUAAACAUGUUUUGUAAACAACAUAGUGUGGGUUGUUGUCCAUCACAUCCUUUAAUGUGAAGAGUGUUGAAGUGAAACUUUCAUUUUUUGAUACCCUGUUUUAUAUUUUGGAUGUCUCUAAUAUGUUUUCUGCUCUGUCAAAAAUGUCUAUAAAUAAAAGUAAAAUAUUAGAUAUUGUGAGAAUAUAUUUUAUAUUAUCCAAAAAUGGAAAGGAUUUUUGCGAAUAACCCUAAACAUACCCGCAACCUGAUCAUUUACAUAAAACCACUGUCUAAUAAACAUGUAUAGCUGGUUUCAUACAUUUCUAUUCAGGAAAGAACAUCCCAGAUUUGCAUGUAUAAAUUAUCAACCUGAUUAUCAAUGGGACCACUGUUGACAUCUCACUAUGUAAUUCUUAUUUUGUUUAAAUUUUGUAUAUAUUCUGUUUAAGUAGGC